AUGGUUAAGGUUGCAGUGCUCGGUGCUUCUGGAGGUAUUGGACAACCUCUUUCCUUACUUCUUAAACUUAAUGAAGCUGUUACAGAACUUGCGGUAUAUGAUGUUGUAAAUACUCUUGGGGUAGCAGCUGAUUUAAGCCACAUUAGUACACCAGCCAAAGUCACUGGCUACUUACCAGCUAAUGAUGGUAUAAAAAAUGCUUUAAUUAAUUCACACCUCAUAAUUAUUCCUGCUGGUGUACCUAGAAAGCCUGGAAUGACUAGAGAUGACUUAUUCAAGAUUAAUGCAGGAAUUGUUAAAAAUUUGGCAACUAGUAUUGCUCAAUAUGCACCGAAUGCCUAUAUUCUUGUAAUAUCCAAUCCAGUCAAUUCAACGGUUCCAAUUUUUGCUGAAGUUUUGAAACAAUACAAUGUAUUUAAUCCAAAGAAACUUUUUGGAGUAACAACACUUGAUAUAGUUCGUUCAUCAACUUUUACAAGUUCAAUUUCUGGAGCCGAUCCUCGCGAUGUCUGUGUUCCUGUUGUUGGAGGUCAUAGUGGCGUGACUAUCAUUCCACUAUUAUCUAAAAUUUCACCAUCUUAUAAUUUCACACAAGAUCAAAUUGCUUCACUAACAAAUCGUAUUCAAUUUGGCGGUGAUGAAGUUGUUAAAGCAAAAGAUGGUACUGGAUCUGCAACUCUUUCUAUGGCAUAUGCAGGCGCCAAGUUUGCAUCUUCUGUUUUGGAUGCAACAGUUAAAGGUAAACCUGGUAUAAUUGUGCAAUCAUAUAUUAAUCUUGAUGCUGAUAAGGAAGGUAGUUUUCAACUUAAAAACACAAUUGAUAACUUGGAAUAUUUUUCAACAAAUAUUGAAUUGGGAGAGCAAUUGCAAUCGGUGAGACAUCCUUUGGGUUGUACUGGUGCACGUCAAGUAUCAACACUCUUGACAGAGUUAAGAAGAACAAGGAAGAAAUUAGGAGUUAUUUCUAUGUGUAUCGGAACAGGAAUGGGAAUGUCUGCUGUUUUUGAAGCAGAAUUUGCUUAA